AUGGUACUGGAUGAGACCUGUGUACUGGACACACUGGAUAGACUGGAACUCAGGCUCAGUGAAGUUGAUGAUGCUUGGCUUGAAAAUAUUGGCGACGAGGAACUGGUGAUGACGGAGGAAAUGCUACUCAAUGAGCUUGACACUGUAGACACAGAGCUCGACGAGCUUAACGGCAGGGAUGAUAUACUGCUAGAAGAGCUGGAGCCCGAUGAGCUUGAAGAGCCAAGACUUGAACUCUGUAUGGCACUGGAUCUGGAGAUACUUGAACUCAGCGAUGAGCUGAUACUUGUCGAUACGGAUGAAACAGAAGAUAGCUCGCUAGAGAUACCGGAACUGGAUGAAAUCGACGCCACGCUGCUUGAAUAUGAACUUGGAACGGCGCUGCUGGAUGAAAAGACCGAACUGGAGGUCGAACUACUGGAAGAGCUAGAUGAACUUGGAACGGCGCUGCUUGAUGAAAAGACCGAACUGGAGGUUGAACUGCUGCCAAAACUUGAUGUACUUUCAAUGCUGCUGCUUGAAAGGCUCGAUGCUGAGGUCUUUGAUGAAGACUGGAUUGGGCUUGAUGUACUCGAAGAAACGGUCGAGGACUGCAAAGAUGAAAUCGAGGAUGUUUGA